AUGAAGUUCUUUGAUAUGCUUAAUGCUCGAAUCGAGAAGAGUCAUUCUCUUCUCUGCGUUGGUCUGGACCCCCAUGGACAGGAGUUGACCGAGCACACUCCUGAGGGUUUAAAGGCAUUCUGCGCUCGCCUUAUCGAGGCUACGAAGGAUGUCGCUUGCUGCUACAAACCAAAUUCUGCCUUCUUUGAGGCCAUUCCCGGUGGAGUGGAGGCACUCGCUGAGAUCAUAAAGACCAUCCCGGAGGAUAUUCCUGUUCUGUUGGAUGUCAAGCGCGGCGAUAUUUCGACGACGGCGCAGGCCUAUGCUCAGGCUGCCAAGCAGGUGGGAGCCCACGGCGUGACCCUGAACAGCUACAUGGGUUACGACGCUAUCAAGCCUUUCCUCGAAGAAGAUUGGGGCGGCUGCUUCAUUCUGUGCAAAACCUCGAAUCCCAGCUCGAACGAGUUCCAGAUUCUCCGCACCCGCGACACCGAUGGCGAGGAGCGCUUCCUGUACGAGAUCUUCGCUCGCAAAGCCGCCGAGUGGGGAACCGGCGUAGUGGUCGGUGCUACGGACGGAACGGCCCUGCGUAACGUGCGUGCGCUCUGCCCCGAUAUCUGGAUUCUGGCUCCUGGUGUGGGCGCGCAGGGCGGCGAUCUGGACGAUGUGAUCCGCGCCGCCAUUCGAGACGACGGCAAGGGAAUCAUCGUUCCCAUUUCGCGCGGUAUUUCCCGCGCUGAGGACCCCCGCGCCACCGCGAUCCGCUACCGCGACCAGAUCAACGAGUCGAUCCAGCGCGUUCUGGCGGAGCGCGCGGCGGCUCCGAAGCCCCAGCUCAGCAGCACGCAGAAGCAGUUCAUCGAAGCGGCGAUCCGCGCGUCGGUGCUGCGUUUCGGCGAGUUCAAGCUGAAGAGUGGACGCAUGAGUCCCUAUUUCUUCAACAUGGGCAACUUCAAGUCGGGCCAGGAUAUGCUCGAUGUGGCGGAGAGCUACGCCCGAACCAUUCUGGAGCGCGCGCCCGAGUUCGACGUGAUCUUCGGACCUGCGUACAAGGGCAUUCCGCUCGCUGCGGCGGUCGCUGCGGCGCUGGCUGCGCAUGGACGGAACGUGGAGUUCGCGUAUAACCGGAAGGAGGCGAAGGACCAUGGCGAGGGCGGCUGCAUUGUGGGCAGUGCGCUGAAGGACAAGCGCGUGCUGGUGAUCGAUGACGUGAUCACUGCGGGCACAGCGACACGCGAGAGCGUGGGAAUCAUCGAGAAGGAAGGAGGCAAGGUGGUCGGUCUGGUGAUCGCGCUGAAUCGCCAGGAGAAGGGAAAUGACAGCGAUUUGUCCGCUGUGCAGCAGAUUGAGAAGGACUACAACUUCCCGGUCGUGAGCAUCGUGGAUCUCAACUCGCUGAUUAACUAUCUGAAUCAAAGUGGAGAGCUGUCGAGCUAUUUGGAGGCUAUUACCAAGUAUAGAGAGAUGUAUGGAGCGUAA